UGCCACCUGUCACUGUCCAUCAGUGCCAGCAGUCAGUGCUCAUCAGUGCCACAUGCCAGUGCCACCCAUCAGUGCCAGUCAGUGCCACCUAUCAGUGCCAGUCAGUGCCGCCUAUCAGUGCCAGUCAGUGCUGCCUAUCAGUGCCAGUCAGUGCCAUAUAUCAGUGUCAUGUAUCAGUGCUGCCUUUCAGUGCCCAUCAGUGAUGCCUGUCAAUGCCCAUCAGUGCAACCUACCAGUGCCUCAUCAGUGCCACCUAUCAGUGUAGCCUAUCAGUGCCCAUCACUGCAGCCUCAUUAG